AUGUCUCCAUUGGAAGUGAUUGUUGGGUUAAUUUUGUGCUUUGGAGCCUUUCUGUGGUGGUGGCAGAGAUCAGCAAGGCUCUAUUGGGAGAAAAAUGGAGUGUCCUACGUCGCAGGGCCUCCCUUCAUUGGUGCUCUGAAGGAUAUUGUUACAUUUAAAAAAGGAUUUCCAGACUUUUUCAUGGAUAUCUAUUUUCACGAAAAGUUUAAAGAUGAUCCUGUGACUGGAGUUUAUUUCUUCCAUAAACCUAUCUUGAUUAUUCGACAUCCUGAAUUGAUCAAGAAUGUUUUCAUAAAGGACUUUUCAGAUUUUGCUGAUAGGAAUUUAAGUUCAGACCCACAUGAUGAUGUAAUUGGCUCCAAUAAUAUAUUAGCACUGAAAGGGCAAGCAUGGAAAAAUAUGAGAAGCAAACUUUCACCAAUUUUCACAGCAGGAAAACUUAAAAAUUUCUUCAAAUUACUAUUGGAGGUAUCAGAUGUUCUCGAAAAGAAACUGACUUCAGAGAUUACAAGUCAAUCAAGAGAGUAUGAAAUGAAGGAAUUGGCUUCAUACUUUUCAACCGACACCAUUGCAAUUACUGCCUUUGGGGUAAAGGCCAAUAGUCUCCUAAAUCCUAAUGCGGAAUUCUUUAACAAUGCAAUGAGGGCUGUUAAAUUUGAUUGGAAACGAGGAUUUGAAUUUGCGAUCUGUAUGAUUUUACCAGAAGUCGGGAAACGUCUUGGCUUUACAUUCUUCUCCAAAGAAACGAAUAAAUUUCUGAGAUCAUCUAUGAAUUAUGUGAUUGAGGAACGCAUUAAAAGUGGCGGGAAACGCAAUGAUCUAAUAGACAUUUUGAAUGACUUGAAAGAAAAGGAUCCAGAUUUUUUUACGAGAGAUGUAAUUGUAGCACAAGCAGCAGUUUUUCUUAUUGCUGGUGCUGAAACCUCAUCAUCUGCAAUUUCUUUUACGCUGUAUGAGCUAUCGCGACAUCUGGAAAUUCAGGAAAAACUAAGAAAGGAAAUCAAGACCUACCUGGAAAAACAUGAUGGGAAAGUGGAGUACGAAACGAUCAAUGAAAUGGAAUACCUGACAUGUGUUAUUCAGGAAGCUUUGCGAUUGUAUCCAACUGCUCCAUUUUUGGACAGGACUUGUGUUCCCUUAGGAAAAGACUCCUACUCACUGGAGCCCUAUCAUAGUUUCUCAAUCCCAAGAGGAAUGCCCGUUGCUGUUCCAGCUAUUGCCGUCCAGAGAGAUCCCAAAUUCUUUCCAAAACCACUGGAAUUCAUCCCUGAAAGAUUUAGUCAUGAAAAUCGGGAUUCAAUCAAUCCAGUUGCAUUUCUUCCUUUUGGAAUUGGACCAAGGAGUUGUGUUGGACUAAGAUUUGGAUAUUUGCAAGUGAAGCUGGCUCUCAUUACAAUCUUACGCAACUACAGAGUUGAAGCCACCGAGAGAACUCCGAAAUCUAUAAAGUUCGAUAAGAAGUCUGUGAUCUUAGUCUCUGAGGAACCUUUACUUCAGUCGUGUGAAGCCUCUUUAAGCAGUGAUACAAAAAUGUCUCCGUUGGAAGUGAUUGUGGGAUUAAUUUUGUGCUUUGGAGCUUUUCUGUGGUGGUGGCAGAGAUCAGCAAGGCUCUACUGGGAGAAGAAUGGAGUAUCCUAUGUCUCAGGACCUCCUUUCAUUGGAAUUUUGAAGGAUAUUAUUUUGAACAGAAAAGGAUUCCCCGAAAUCUUUAUGGAUAUCUAUAACCAUGGAAAGUUCAAAGACGAUCCUGUCACGGGAAUUUACAUCUUCCAUAAACCCUUUCUAGUUGUUCGUCAUCCUGAAUUGAUUAAGAAUAUCUUCGUGAAGGAUUUCCCAGAUUUUAUGGACAGAAAUUUGAGUUCAGACCCACAUGAUGAUGUAAUUGGUUCCAAUAACAUAUUAGCACUGAAAGGACAAGAAUGGAAAAGCAUGAGGAGCAAACUUUCACCGCUUUUCACAACAGGAAAACUAAAAAGUUUCUUUACACUCUUAAAGGAUGUAGCAGAUGUUCUUGACCAGAAACUAACAUUAGAAAUUACAAAUGGUUCCCUGGAGUAUGAAAUAAAGGACUUGUGUUCAUAUUAUGCGAUUGACACAAUUGCAAUUACUGCAUUUGGAGUUAAGGCCAACAGUCUCCUCAAUCCUAAUGCGGAAUUCUACAAGAAUGCAAUGACGGCUGUUAAUUUUGACUGGAGACGAGGAUUUGAAUUUACAAUCUGUAUGAUUUUGCCGGAAGUUGGAAAACGUCUGGGCUUUACAUUCUUCUCCAAAGAAACGAAUAAGUUUCUAGUAUCGUCUAUGAAUUAUGUGAUUGAGGAACGCAAGAAAAGCGGAAUCAAACGUAAUGAUCUAAUAGACAUCUUAAGUACUUUAAAGGAACAAGGGGCAGACUUUUCAACAGAUACAAUUGUAGCUCAAGCUGCAGUUUUUCUCAUUGCUGGCUCUGAAACUACAUCAUCUGCAAUUUCUUUUACGCUGUAUGAGCUAUCGCGACAUCUGGAAAUUCAGGAAAAACUAAGAAAGGAAAUCAAGACCUACCUGGAAAAACAUGAUGGGAAAGUGGAGUACGAAACAAUCAAUGAAAUGGAAUACCUGACAUGUGUUAUUCAAGAAACCGUGCGUUUGUAUCCUACGACUCCUUUCAUUGAUCGAAACUGUGUUCCGGUAGGAAAGGAUUCCUAUUCCCUGAAACCCUAUCAUAAUUUCUCAAUUCCAAGAGGAAUGCCCAUUGUAGUCCCAUCAAUUGCAAUUCACCGAGAUCCUAAAUUCUUCCCAAACCCAUUGGAGUUUACUCCAGAAAGAUUUAAUUCAGAAAAUCGAGAUGCAAUUAAUCAGUACGCCUUUCUUGCAUUUGGAAUUGGACCAAGGAAUUGCAUUGGAUCGAGAUUUGGGUAUUUGCAAGUGAAACUGGCUCUUGUAACAAUCUUAAGCAAGUACAGGAUUGAGGCUACUGAGAAAACACCCAGAGUAAUAAAAUUUGAUAAGAAGUCUAUGAUGCUGGCGUCUGAGGAUCCUGUCUACGUGAAAUUAACACGUCUUUAAAUAAAAUUAAUAUUAUGUAUUUUUAGAGGGUGAAAUUCAUUAGUCAGAAGACUCAGACAGUCUUAAGAAAUAUGAAGAAAUCUUAGGAAAUUUUUAGUUUUUCUUAAGAAAACUUUCGAAGUUUUAGAUUUUCCUUAUGAAAAUUGUGGAAAUCUUGAAUUUUUAAGAUUUCCUAAUACUGUCUGACUAGUAAAUUUCAGCUCUAGCUAGUGUAAAUCACUAAAAAAAUUCUUUAC